UCCGUUCCCCAAACAGUAACUUAUAUUAUCAUGGGUGGUGGUGGCCGUUUCCCUUAUCCUAAAGAAGUUUGGUCCCCUGCUGGUGGCUGGUGGACUCAGCCUAAAGCCUGGAAGUCAAACACUAUGAUCGCAGCUCUCGGUAUUGCCGUCACUCUUGGAGCUAUCUGGAGAGUCUCCGCCGAAAAGGAGGUGCGUUACCAGGAACCUACACGCUGGAUCCCGUCAAUGAUGUGGUCCAAACAAUUCAAAGAUCGCAACUAGAAAUAAAAACCAC